AUGGUUAUUUACAUGGAACAGUACUAUACCAUACGUCACUUUUCCCAUUAUUGGAGUCAGGUUCCUCCCAUUCUCGGUGUACCAAUGGGGAAGGGGUCUUGGGUGUGGACACCCAAGACAACACCAAACCAACACCCCAGACCAACACCAAACCACAACCCAGGACAACCAAAGCACCAAGACAUCAAGGCACCCAGACCGGACACCGACGAAACCCUAACACCGACCAAAACAGCCAGAAAACCAACACCAAAGCAAUCGGACAGACCAACACCCGUGGGCCCAAAACAACAGCGCAGUCACGCAACACCCGAAAACCAAGACCCAGAACCAAGGACGAGGCGACCGCAAAGCCAGAGACCCAAGGCCCAACACCACACCAACACCCUAACACCAGGCCAGACCAACCCCCAGACAACACCAAACUCAGGACCCCCAAGACCAACACCCAAACCAACACCAGAACAGACACCGCAGAAAUGCAACCACCCAAACCGAACACCGAGAACCAACACUCAGACAGCGCAACACCCACCCAACACCCAAAACCAACAUCAACGCAACACCGAGAUCACAGCCAAAACACCCAGAAUCCACAAACACCCAACACCCACACCCAGACCACACCAGCGCACACCCAAACCAACACCCAAACCUAAGCAUCCAAACCAACACCAGACCGACCAACGCCCAGGAAAAACCACGACCAAAAAACCAGGACCACAGGACCAACACCGAGCCAACACCCAAGAACCACGCAACCAGACCAACACGCCAAACGAACAUCCCAAACCAACACCCGAAACUCAACAAUCCAAACCAAGCACCACAAACCAGACACCAAAAAUCCAACCCAAACCAACACCCAAGACAACACCACAAGCCAACACCCAAAGCCACAUCCGAAAAACCGCCCAGACCACACCCAGACCGACACCAGACCGACACUCGACACCCAGACCAACACUCGACAUCCAGAACGACACCCAGACCGACACAAGACCGACACUCGACUCCCAGACCGACACUCGACACCCAGACCAACACCACUACCAACACCCAAACCACACUCGACACCAGACGCACACUCGCACCCAACCGACAACCCGACCAACACUCGCACCCAAACAACACCAGACCGACACCAGACCGCACUCGAAACACCAGAAGAAAACGACACAGACCGACACUGCGACACCCAGACAAACACCAGACCGACACUCGACACCCAGACCGACACCAGACCGACACUCGACACCCAGACCGAAACUCGAACCCAGACCAACACCCAGACCAACACUCGACACCCAGACCGACACCCAGACCGACACUCGACACCCAGACCAACACCCAAACCAACACCCAGACCAACACUCGACACCCAGACCAACACUCGACACCCAGACCGACACUCGACACCCAGACCAACACUCGACACCCAGACCGACACUCGACACCCAGACCAACACCCAGACCAACAUUCGACACCCAGACCGAUACCCAGAACGACACUCGGCACCCAGACCGACACCCAAACCAACACCCAGACCAACACUCGACACCCAGACCAACACUCGACACCCAAACCAACACCCAAACCAACACCCAGACCAACACUCGACACCCAGACCGACACUCGACACCCAGACCAACACCCAAACCAACACCCAGACCAACACUCGACACCCAGACCGACAACUCGACACCCAGACCAACACCCAAACCAACACCCAGACCAACACUCGACACCCAAACCAACACCUUAACCAACACCCAGACCAACACUCGACACCCAGACCAACACCCAAACCAACACCCAAACCAACACCCAGACCAACACUCGACACCCAAACCAACACUCGACACCCAGACCAACACUCGACACCCAGACCAACACUCGACACCCAGACCAACACUCGACACCCAGACCAACACUCGACACCCCAAACCAACACUCGACAACCCAAACCAACCACUCGACACCCGACAACACUCGCACUCCAGACCACACUCGUGACACCCAGACCAACACUCGACACCCAAACCAACACUCGACACCCAGACCAACACUCGACACCCAGACCAACACUCGACACCAGACCAACACUCGACACCCAGACCAACACAACACUCGACACCCAGACCAACACUCGACACCCAGACCAACACCCAAACCAACACCCAGACCAACACUCACACCCAGACCAACACUCGACACCCAGACCAACACCCAAACCAACACCCAGACCAACAACUCGCACCCAAACCACACUCAAUGAGAAGGAAAAGGAGAGAAAGGAGGAAACAGGAGAGAAGGAGGAAAACAGAGAAAACGAACAACAUGGCCAGCAUGCCGUCACCCACAGCAUAACAUGCAACAUAGACCCGCAUCCGCAACAUAAUAGCAAUAACAAACGGUAUAAAAUCACCAAGAACAUAACAGCAACAUAG